CUUUUCUGGCACCAGGGCAGGUGCCAUGCAUGGCGCCCCAAGACACGAGUCGGACGUUGCAUUGCGCUAAUAUGAGCCCUGGCUGGGGGCUGCUGGAUGGCAAGCCCAGCCGUAGGUCGUAGCCCUGGGUAGGUUGUUCCUGGAAUUCCUCCUGGCUGGGAAGCACAAGGGAAGAGGAGAGCUGCGGAAUGCAAGAGGUUUUUGUACGCACGCCAAGUGUCCUGAGUGUUGUCCCACAGUCUCCCUUUGCCUUCUGUCCCCCCGUCCCUAUCCUCCAUGACUCGGCCUUGAGUUGCUUGCCAUGGAUCCGGACGAAUUCUUAACGGGGGGGUCAUACGCACCCAUGCCGGGGGGGCCUGGAAACGAGAUGCACCCCCCCGGGAAGGGCCGCGCCCGUAUUGGGGGGGAAGAAGCCCAGCCGCUCGUGGGGGGGGAGCCGGAGAACAUUUUGGGGGGGGAGAGCUUCAAGUGGGACCUUAUCAGCGACUUGGACCACUUCUUUGCGAGGCUCUAUCACUACUAUUGCAACAAGGGCUUCUGGUGCAUUGUCACGCAGUGGGUGGUGGAACUGUUAACCCUCGGGUUUACGAUUGUGUUCUCGGGGUUCCUGAUCCUCUUCGUCAACUGGCCGUGGCUGCUGCAGGCCAAGUGCGGGAUCCAGGCCGCAGAGGCGGGACACGAGCCGUGCGACCUGGUGCGCGAGGGCCUGGUUCGCCACCCGCUCGUCCCGAUGACGUUUCUGAAGGCGAUGGCCGUCGUGUACCUCGCCAUGUUCUCGGCCUUCUGGGCCUUCUGCUUCGCGCGCUUCUUCCUGCAGCUCAGGGAGCUGCUCGAAGUGCGCGACUUUUGCCACGCCAGGCUGGGCGUGGGUGAGAAGGAGCUGCAGACGAUGUCGUGGCCCGACCUCGUCGACCGCGUCGUGCGCUUCCAGUCCCGGCAGCGCCUGUGCAUCGUCAAAGAGCUUUCGGCGCACGACAUCGUGAGCCGCAUCAUGCGCAAGGAGAACUACACCAUCGGCAUGCUUAACAAGAACGUCCUCGCGCUCGAGAUGCCGCGCUGGGUCCCCGGGGCGGCCCCCCUUCCGGGUUUCGCGGGCACUCGCAAACCCGGGCGCCGAAAAAACCGGACCAGGCACCUCGUCCUGACCAAGACGCUCGAGUGGAGCCUCAACUGGUGCAUCUUGCACCACAUGUUCGACGCCAACUUUGCGAUCCGGCGCGACUUUGUCCGCGACCCCGAGCGGCUGAAGCGGCGCCUGCGCAUGGUCGGGGUCGGGAUGGCGCUCGUGUCGCCGUUCCUGGUGGUCUUCAUGCUGAUGUACUUUUUCAUGCGCAACGCGGAGCAGUUUUACCACCAGCCGGGCACAGUGGGCAGCCGGCGCUGGUCCAACCUCGCCAAGUGGCGCCUCCGCGAGUUCAAUGAGUUGGAUCACUUAUUCCAGCGACGCCUGAACGCCAGCUACCAGCACGCGGUCGCCUACGUCAAACAGUUCCCCUCCCCCAUCGUGUCCAUGGUCGCAAAGUUCGUCUCCUUUGUCACCGGCGCCUGCGCAGCCGUGCUUCUCGGCGUAGCCCUACUCGACGAGUCGCUGCUCGAAGCCCAACUAUUCGAACGGAACCUAUUUUGGUAUGCCGCCAUUUUCGGCACGAUCCUAGCGGUCAGCCGUUCGCUCAUCACGGAAGAGUUCACGGUCUUCGACCCCGAGGCCGUUAUGCAGUACACGGCGCGCUACACGCACUACAUGCCCAAGCAUUGGCGGGGGAAGGCCAACACGGACGCAGUGCGAGGGGAGUUCGAGGCCUUGUUUCAGUUCAAGUUCGUGCUCUUCUUCGAGGAGAUGGCCUCAAUCUUCAUCACGCCGUUCCUGCUCUGGUUCUACGUACCCAAGUGCGUGGAUAGCAUUCUCCGCUUCGUCGAAGACUUCACGACGCAGGUCGAUGGCGUUGGGGACGUCUGCAGUCUGAGCGCUUUCGACUUUGCGCACCACGGCAACAGCAAGUACGGCUCCCCCUGCGACGCCGUCAAGGACCAGCGCAGUACUCAGGGCAAGAUGGAGAAGUCGUUCCUCAGUUUCGUGAGUAACUACCCCACGUGGGAGCCCCCCCCCAACGGCCAGAAGAUGCUCGGCAUGCUCUCCACGUUCCGCACCCGCAACGAGGCCGCCAGCUCAGCGUUCCCGCUGACGUCAUCCGUGCUCCGCAACUCGGCGCCGUACUACCCCCCCCGAGCGGCGAUGAGUCAUCACUUCAGUGGGUCGUACCGGAAGGUGGCUUCGCGGCACGGCGCGGACGGGGCUGGCGGAGGGUUUGGACACCGCUUGCCGAUGCCCUCUGGCGGCGACCACCCUGACCCCGCCAUCGACAGCCACCUGGCGGCGUCCGGCGCUCUCGCGACCAUGGGCGCAAACCCCGAGGAGGCCACGCAAUUGUACUGGCUGGACCGGUACUACGAGGCCGCCCGCGCCACAGGCUCCGGGAUCGAGCUCGACCCGCUGUCCAAAAACGGCGGCGGCGAGACGGAAGUUUCGGACGGCGGUGCACAUCUGCGUCCGGCACAUUCUGGGGAUGACGUCACCCGUGACGGGCGGUUCGAGGGGGCCGACCGGCCGAUGGAGACGCGGGUGAUGAUCUCGGACGGGCGGGGCGGGGGCUUGGCCGGCGCGGCGAGGGCUUUGGACGGCCAAAAUGUACGUUCGGACGGCCGGGGAACGGGCUCGGACGGUCGAAUCCUGGGCUCGGACGGACGACUGCUGGGUUCGGACAGACGGACUGCAGGCUCCGACAACCGGGUUUUGGGUCCCGACGCCCGUAGCUUUGCAGCGGACGGCCGGGCGUUGGGUUUAGACGCUCGGACGCGGCGCGGGCCGAUGUCCGAGAGCGAAAUGGACCGGGUUCUCGUGGACCAGGCGCUGCAGAGGAACGCAGUCCGGGGGAGGGGCGUCGACUUUGGGGUGGCGAGCGUGAUGGAGGAGCCGGAGGAGGAGGAGGACGACUUUUCGCAGCCGGAUCUGCUCCAACCGCACCCCUUCGGGCUCAACGCUAGCUCCGCCCAUAACGACCCGUGGCCGAGUUUCGGUUCCAUGCAGCGCGAGGGCGCCGGCCGGGCCGACCCGACGGGCGUCACCUCUAUACGUUUCGGAAGUGGGCACGCCUCAGGCAGGCCCGGCGGAAGCUCUAGAGGUCCCUGGGGCCUCGUCAGCGGGCAGGAGUCCGGUUUCGGGCUGGAGGAAGAAGCGGCCCCUCCAGCAACAGGGCCUUUUGCGCGGUUGCAUGAUGACUUCGGGGCGUCGAGCGUCUUUUCGGAGAGGCGGCCGCGCGGUCGGUCGUGGGCAGGGAGCGGGAGCCUUAGAGGGUCGGGCUCGCAGGGCGGGUUUGGCAGGACGCGCGAACGGUCUAGAGGUUCCUGGGACGGGGAAGCGGAAGAGUCAUUUGCGGAGAAAGGAGUCGGUGUAAACAACGAGCAAAGCGAUUCCCAGGGGCAAAGUGGGCUGUGGCAUGAUGGGGAGGAAACGACCGGGGUGUGGGGAGAGGGCCAAUCGGGAGAAGGCGAAGGGCGUCCGGUAAGGAGGAGCUUCAGCUGACGCAGAUGUAGAUGCAGAGCUGCUGAUUGUUAGCGUCAGGACAGAUUUCGACGCUGAGCUUUGCCCACUGAUAAAUUCAUGUCAAAGUUGCAGUAAUGCCAACGGUCAAUUGUACAGAGUAAGUGCUUAUCAUUGGUAAUUUGUAGUGCAGGGGAUAUCACGAUGACAGAGAGCACAAUUUGUGCUCGUACACAGAACUUGCUCACACUUAUGCACAAACGGAUGCUUGAUAUGGUGCACAUCGACUGUGUCUUGAGACAUCCGAGGCCCACAAUUCUAG